GCUUUGCUUGAGAGCCCAACAGGUAUACCUUCAUUGUAGCAUGUUUCAGCCAUAUGCAGUUGUUGUCCAUUUUUUUAACCAACAAUGAUUUUUGAAUAAAGGAUCUGGAAAAUCGCUUGCGAUUAUUUGCGCCGCCUUAGGUAAUAGAUGUUAUAUCAAACAGAAAUUUUGGUUCGUGUAAUCUAAGAAUUCAAGCAUAAUUUCUGAAAACACAUUAAUGGAUAUAGCAUGGAGAGAACAUCAAGAAAGAAUUGCGGCUGCUCAACUGAAGGAACAGAAAAAUGAAUCAAAAGCAGCACCAUUAUCACCAUCAGAACUACAAUUAAAAUUAAAACAAGCACAACAGCUGCAAGAAACUAGAAAAAGAAAACUGGAAGCGUUAUCAUCUUUGCCAUCACCUGCACCUUCUCAUACAGGCAAUCCGGAGCAACCUUCUCCACUUAAGAAGGCGAAAGAAGAAUACAAACCCGAGAAAAGCGUUAUAGAAAUAGUAGACGAAGAUGACGAUGAUUUUCAGGUACCACUUGUUAGAAAGAAGAUGGAUUCAAAAGCAACGUUAGACCUAGUUGAUGUAAAUGCGAAAGAUGAACUAGCGUUGCACAAAGUCGAUGGUGAUGUGAACAACAUGGCCACGUCAGAGGAAGUUGCCGCAUUAAAGUAUGACACCUAUAAGAAAGUUCCUAGAAUAUUCAUUGGAUCAAGAACACAUAAGCAAAUUGCUCAAUUAAUAGCAGAAUUGAAAUACAAUACUGGAUACAAUCCUCGCUCAACAAUCUUGGGUAGUCGGGAACACCUAUGUAUACACCCUGGUAUCGCAAAAAAGAAGACUGAAAAGAAGGAGAGAAAGAAUAGGGCCGACAGAGUAAGUUUGGUAGAUGAUGAGGAGGAAAAAUGUCCUUUUGCUGCCAACAGUAUGCGAAUUGUGAAUCAUUCUUCGCUCAAAUCCAUCAACAGGGUUUGGGAGAUAGAUGAUAUCAUUGAACUUGGUGUUAAAACGAAAGGAUGUCCAUAUUAUGCUGCUCGGAAACUAUAUGAAGGUGCCGAAAUCAUAUUCGGUCCUUAUAAUUAUAUUAUCGACCCGGUGAUUCGAAAGAUUUUGGACAUCAACCUCAAAGAUAGUAUUGUUAUUCUAGACGAAGCACAUAACAUAGAAGAUGCCGCUAGAUCAGCAGGGUCAUUGGAGCUGGACGAAGAUACUUUAGAUAAGAUAAUUAAAGAAUUCAGUAUGGUAGCGAAAUACGGCGGAGAAAGAGAAGCCCACCUACAGCUUGAAUUAAUAUUUGAUCAGUUGCGUGAUGCAAUGAUGUCUGAUAAUCUUCAAUAUAACGUGAACGAAUAUGAGCGGAAGUUCAUUCACUGGACAGGUCAAGCAAUCAUAAAUAAGUUGGCAGAAAUCAACAUUACCAAGCACACAUUUAGAGAUAUGUUAGAGCCUGCUUAUAAAUUGGUUUCCAAGUAUUCCGACGAGAUCAGAAAAGAGAUCGAAGAAUUUGAAUACUUGAAAAAAUAUAAUGUCUCUCCGGGAGAUGAAGAUGCAAUAUCAGCAGACGAAGCUGUCGGAAACAAUGAUUAUCCCAAGUGUGUCAGUCUCCGUACUUUACAGCUUAUUCAGAAUUUGUUCAUGAUAUUGGGAUUCAUUUUUAACACAGAAGAGAACCACGCUGACGAUUAUCAGCUCGUAUUCAUCAAAGCAAUGAACCAAGAUGGUGGUUUGAACGUCAACAAAAGCCGUAUCCGCAGCAAAAAAGGGAAAGACAAUAGAGUAACAUUAUGGAGGCAUGAAUUGGCAUUUUGGUGUCUAAAUCCAGCUAUCAUCUUUCGAAACAUGUGUGAGCAUACGCGGUCUGUUAUUUUGACUAGUGGUACUUUGGCGCCUUUGAAUACAUUCGCUUCAGAACUAGGUGUUGAUUUUAACCAGAGAUUAGAAGCCAAUCAUGUCAUUAAACCUUCUCAAGUUUGGAUUAGUGCUAUUGGAAGAGGCCCAAAUAAUGUAUCUUUAAAAGGUGUUUACAAUACUUUGGAAUCACUCCCAUACCAGGAUGAAGUUGGAGCCACCUUGUUACAGAUCGUCAGCACUAUACCUUUUGGUAUACUUUGCUUCGUACCAUCAUACAAAGUCAUGGAUAUGUUAUUGAAAAGAUGGAAGCUAACAGGCAUUUAUGAUAAAAUCAGUCAGAGAAAGAUAAUUCUGUCAGAGCCUAAAGGGAGCAACAAAGAAGAAUUUGAAGAAAUGCUGAAACAAUUUUAUGGCCAGAUUAAAAGAGUUGAAAAUGGUGAAGAAGAAAACGGGUUGGAUGGUGCACUAUUACUGGCAGUUUUUAGAGGGAAAGUCAGUGAAGGUAUUGAUUUCAGUGAUAAUUACUGUCGUACUGUUGUAACUCUAGGCAUUCCCUAUCCCGGCUUGAAGGAUUUGAAAGUCAAGCUUAAAAAGGAAUAUAAUGAUAAAAUUAAGAGGGAAGCCAUCGACAAAGAAGUUCUCAACGGUAAUCAAUGGUAUACAGCUGAAGCAUACAGAGCAAUGAACCAAGCUUUAGGAAGGUGCAUCCGACACAAAAACGAUUGGGGAGCAAUCAUCCUACUUGAUGAAAGGUUUUCUGAUCCAAACUCAAGAAGAGGUCUUUCUCGUUGGGUUAGAGAGUUAUUUUCAGAGCAUCAUGGUUAUCAAAAUGCCAUGGGCAGUCUCCGAGAAUUCGCAGCUAAUCAAAUGGAACGAAUGCAUGUGCAGAAGUUGGAGUCAAAGAAACUUGAAGAGGAGCGCUUGAAGAAUACUAUUGUUAUUGAAGAUGAAAUUGCAACUUCUGAAGUAGGCAAUAAUUCGCCUACAAUGUUAGUAGAGUCGAAAACAACAUUGGCGGCCGAAUUGAAAGAAAAAGACAAAGUUGUGGAUAAAAGCACUAAAGUUAUAGAUGUUGAAAAUAUUUCAUGUGUUAGCAUUGAGAAUAAUGAAGAUGCAGAUAAUUCAGCUCAAAUAAUUGAAAGAGAAUUAGCAAUUGAUGCAAAACAGACUUCCCAAAUUCAGGCAAGUGAUAUCUGUUUAGAAGACGACCACAUUGAUGCUUCAGCAGCUCUUCUUCAUCGCCAGCUAUUUGCUGAUGUUGACGUUGACAUUGAUGAUAUUCUUUCCCCCAACGAUAAAUCCAUAAAUAACACUCAUGUGUCAUCUAACGACAGUGUCACGCCAAUCAUUCAAAUUGCAAAACCUGAAGAUGUCACGAAUACCGCACAUACAAUAACAAACACGACAAUUUGUUGCAAAUGCUGCUCUAAAAGUCUCCUAUUUGGUCCUCAUGAUUCUAUUGUAUCGCCAAUUCAACACAUUCCACAAAGUGUCCGAAACGAACUCAUGAACGAUGAUAUAGUUGAACUUAGCCCACCAAGUCAUUUCAGCACGCCGAAUAACUUCCUGCAAGGUGGCCCUCUUGGUUUAAGCGACUUUUCUGAAAGGACAGACGGCGUAAUCUUUUGCAAGGCAGAUGAAAUUGCAUUUUGUCCGCUAACCUGCGUAUGUGAUAAAGGGACGGUUCUUGGUCUGCUCAUUUGUCUCGCUGGUAAAAAAUAUUCAGCUUACCAAGGGAAGGUCUAUUUCAGCCGUAAAGCCGUACAAAUAAAUACAUCGCAGCAAAAGAGGAAAACUGAUAACGUGGCAAGAGCGCCAGUGCAAGACAUGUUGGAAAUACCUAAUACCCAAUACUCAGCAAUGAGUGAUACCAGUGACAUAUUUUACGGCCUAUGACGAUAUCUAAUUCAACAAUAUCCAUAUCGCAACUAUAGUUCUGUAUAAAGAAUUUUUUCAUUUUCAAUUGAAUAAAAGAUAUAACAUGUUCAAUAUAAACUUUCCCCAAACGAAUUCGCGGCAUCAGCUUUGAACUGUCAAAUAAAGACGAGCCAAGAUGCUUGCAAAAUUGGAACCGGAAUGGAGGUAUAGGCUUUCUAGUAUCUGAAUGACUCAAGCUUUGUCAACGAAAAGCAAAACGUAAGCUUUGUAGGCUACAAAAAUAAAUCUUUUAUAGCCCUGACAAAGGAUCUAAGGCAG